AUGUACAAGAUGGGGCAAAAAGGGAAAAAAAGAGACAUCACCGAUUUUUUUGUGGCCUGGAGUCCUGAGGCCAAGACGGAAACUGCCCGUCUGCGGACGCUGAUUGGCUGGCGCGUGCGGUUGACGCGGCCGGAGCCAAUCAGCGGGCGGGGAGCGGUUCUGCCGCGGAAGGCAGCAAGGCGGAAGGGCGACGGCAGGGAUGCACGGGAAUGCGGCAGGAAAUUAGAAAGGGAUGCUCAAUUCAUUCGCCUGGACGCGUCGCCCAUCACCAAACCGGGGUACGAGGAUGAGGAUGGGGAGGCGCCAGAAUCAUCGCUCCGAGCCUACUCGGAUACCUGGCAGAAGGUCGCCAUCGCCAUAUUCUCCGUGACGGGAUGGGAAUUGUCGUUGGCGCUCGCCAUUCUGUCGCUGCAAGCCAAAGACAAGAGCUUCUUGAUUGUGCCGUUUUGGCUUCAAAUGGGAGGCUGGAUGAUGCAAUGUAUCCAAUCGACAGCCUUUUUCAUAGAGCGAUCAACCGUGGAACGGUAUACGCUCGGCCUCCACGCCUUCUGGGCCAGCUCUCUUACCCUGGUUAUCUCCGGUCUCAACAUCUUCAUCCCUUGGUGUUACGGCAACGAUGUCAACAUUGGCCGUGCAUCAACGGGACUUCUCAUCAGUCAAGCAGCGGUAGCAGUGAUACGCGGUCUCUGUUGUGUCCUGAUCCCGCGUCGACCCAAUGUUUACUACGACGGUCAAAUGGUCGACCAGGAGUUCACAGUCAGUGCAUUCAACCGAUUCACCUACACCUACGUCAGCAGUUUACUCCACUACACGGGACAGAACAAGAAUCUCGACGUCGAUAGUCUGCCGAAAUUGCCUUUUGCAGCGCGUGCACAGAUCCUGCACGCUCGUUUGGAACAAACCCGGGGCACGCUGAAACUCUGGAAAACGCUCGUGAUGGGGAAUGUCCGGCCGCUGGUUCUGCAGACGAUUCUCAGCGUCGUGACCUGUGUUCUGGGAUUCGGACCGCAGGUGGCUCUAUAUGGCAUCCUGACGUCUCUGGAGGGGAGGUCAACCGAGUCGGGCCCGGUGACUGCGGCAUGGCUUUGGGUGCUUACCCUUGGCUUCAUGCUUGUUCUGUCCUUGGGAAUUGAGUCCUGGCUGUGGUGGCUGAUCUACUCGCAGCUGUGGAUCCCGAUAUACGAGGGCCUGUCAGCGUUGGUGUUUGCCAAAUCAAUGCGUUGCAAGGACGCGAAGCACCUGAAGCCGUCCAAGAAGGAGGGAGAUGAGGAUGAGGAAGACGAGCAGGAGAAAAGCAGACAGAGUAUCAUCAAUUUGGCCGCUGUGGACUCUAAACGGAUUGCUGAUUUCGCCACCUUCAACUAUCUCAUCCCGUCAUGUCUAAUGAGACUGGGGAUUGCUGCCGCAUUUCUGGUUCAUCUGAUCGGAUGGCGCAGCCUGCUGGCCGGUGUCGGUGUGGCUGUCCUGGUUAUGCCUGUUAAUGCGUAUCUGACCAAAGGGUAUACGUCGGUGCAGCAGGAGCUGAUGAAGGCGAGCGACAAACGGACUUCUGCCGUGACCGAGGUCCUCCAGGGUAUCCGCCAGAUCAAGUUUGCAGCUCUGGAGCAGGAAUGGCAAGAUCACAUCACCCAGAAGCGUGAAGCCGAGCUGAAACUUCUGUGGAAGACAAGCCUCUACACAACCGGUAUGGUCUCGGUGUGGAUUCUAGGGCCAUUGAUGCUCUCGGCUGUUUCCCUAACAGUCUACGCCCUGAUCCAUGGCGAAUUGUCUGCAUCGGUCGCAUUCACGGCCCUGUCGGUAUUUGGCAACCUGGAGUCCGCCUUGGCUAGUUUGCCCGACUUGCUAUCUCGUGCGAUGGAAGCCAAGGUAAGCACCGACCGUAUCGACAAAUAUCUCACGUCCGCCGACAAGGCUCCCCACACAACGGAUGUUGAGGAGAUAUCGUUCGAAAACGCCACACUUGCAUGGCCGGCAGAUGAAUCGAGCGAGGACCAGAAGGACUGGGAGCGGGAUGACCGAUUUGUCCUGCGCCACUUGACUCUACAGUUUCCUCGGAAAGGAUUGAGCGUGAUUGCCGGCAAGACGGGUUCUGGAAAAAGCCUUGUUCUUGCCUCUCUCCUCGGUGAAUGCGAUGUUCUGGCCGGAUCAGUGGCAGUGCCACAUUCCCCCCCUCUGGACGAACGAUUCGACCAUCGAGCCACGCGCGACAAUUGGAUUCUCGACUCUGCCAUCGCCUACGUGGCCCAGAACCCAUGGAUGGAGAACGCCACGAUCAAAGACAACAUUCUAUUCGGAUUGCCCUAUAACUGGUCUCGUUACCGCAAGGUUCUCUUCGCGUCCGGCCUGGAGAAGGAUCUGACGAUGUUACCGGAUGGUGAAAUGACCGAAAUCGGGGCAAAUGGAAUCAAUCUGAGUGGCGGCCAGCGGUGGCGAGUCUCAUUUGCGCGUGCUUUGUACUCUCGUGCCGGAAUCCUCGUCAUGGACGACAUCUUCAGCGCGCUGGACGCGGAAACCGGUCGACACGUGUACGAGCAUGCCCUGACAGGGGAGCUGGGUCGCGAUCGAACUAGGAUUUUGGUCACACAUCACGUUGGGCUGUGUUUACCUCGGACUGACUAUUGCGUUCUUCUCGAAAAUGGAUCGAUGACACAUGCAGGCUCUGUGGAGGAACUGAGCAAGAUGCAAGGCCUCACCGACGUCCUUCACAACCUGGCUACCGAGAGAGCGGCCAAAAGGCAGCAGGUCGACGAGGAAGAUGCGGUGUCUCGACGAAAACGUUCCUCCGUUGGCCCUCCUCCAGCAGCCGGCGAUGAAAACCAUCGGAAGUUUACCCAAGACGAAAAGCGAGAAACGGGUGCGAUUUCGUGGAGCGUAUACAUGGCAUAUGUGAGCAAAGGGAAUCGCCUGCCGGUGUGGGCGCUGACCUUCCUUGCUUAUGCUGUGUUCACAGCUCUUCUCGUCGGCCGCUCCUGGUGGGUAAGCCUUUGGACAAGCUCGUCUCAUACAUCGUCACAUCCGGUGCACACCGUCAGUUUAUGGCAUCAUACCCUGAGUACCACCAAAUCAUCCAUCGAUCCCGACCUCGUCUUCUACUUGAGCGUGUAUGUAGGCAUUUCUGUUGCCGCCUGUGCGGUCGGAACCCUUAGAACCCUCUCCCUCGCGUUCGCAUCGCUCCAUUCCUCUCGACAGAUGUUUGAGGAUCUUCUCGCAGUUGUCUUACGAGCGCCUCUACGAUGGUUGGACACGGUUCCUCUCGGUCGGAUUCUCAACCGGUUCACUGGAGACGUCUACAUGCUUGACUGGAGGCUUGCCUACGAUCUUGGCAAUUUGGUGUUCAAGAUCCUCGAGCUAGUAGGCAUUAUCGUUGCGGGCGUUAUGGUGUCUCCAGUGAUCAUGGUCUUCGCUGGGCUGUUACUCAUUGUCUGCGUUCAAAUGUCUUGGACCUAUCUGGGUGGUGUACGCGAAGUCAAACGACUGGAAAGCACCGCGAAAAGUCCGGUCAUGGAGCAAUUCGGCUCCAGCCUAGUCGGGCUGACGACAAUCCGCGCGUUCAACAAAGCCGAUGUGUACGUGCGCCAGAUGUACGAACGCAUCGAUCGACAUGCGCAGGCCGCAUGGAACCUCUGGCUGUUCAACAGAUGGCUGGGAUUCCGCAUGAGCAUCGUGGGAGCCAUCUUUUCAACUGCCACGGCAGCCUUUGUUGUUUACGUACCGUCAAUUUCUGCUGCUCUGGCUGGGUUUGCCAUGAGCUUUGCGCUGCAAUACAACUACGCUGUGGCCAUGGGACUGCGCUUCUACGCGAACGUCGAAAUGGACAUGAAUGCAACGGAGCGAGUGCUGGAAUACUCAGCCAUGGAGACCGAGGAUCAGGGAGGCGUCGAUCCUCCCGCAGCAUGGCCGACCCGAGGACAUGUUGAAUUCGAGGACCUCCAGGUGGGAUACGCCCCUGAACUCCCUCCAGUACUAGACGGGCUCAGCUUUACCAUCGAGCACAACCAACGGGUCGGCGUAGUCGGACGCACCGGAGCCGGCAAGUCCUCUCUCACCCUUGCUCUAUUCCGAUUCCUCGAAGCCCGACAAGGUCGCAUCACUAUCGACGGACAAGACAUUUCCAAAAUCAAACUGCAAGCUCUGCGCAGCCGACUCGCCAUCAUCCCACAAGAUCCGGUCCUUUUCUCCGGCACCGUGCGGUCCAACCUCGACCCAUUCCACGAGCACACAGACCUAGAACUCUACAACGCGCUCGAACGCGUUCAUCUCCUCUCCUUCGAAGACACCCUCACUCUUGGAUCGCAACCCAGCAGCCACGACCCCCUCAGCGGCAGCGACACAUUGGCCUCAUCCUCCGCCUCUUCGACCGCCACGAACACGCCACCAAAACCGGCCAAUGCCUUCGCCUCCCUCUGGGCCCCCGUCUCCGAAGGCGGCUAUAACCUCUCACAAGGCCAGCGGCAACUUCUCUGCCUAGCUCGUGCCAUCGUCUCGCAGCCCAAGAUCAUGAUCCUCGACGAGGCCACCUCAGCCGUCGACAUGGAGACUGACGCGCUGAUCCAGCGGUCAAUUCGAGCCGAGUUCGGCCGCAACAGCUCUUUGCUGGUGAUUGCGCAUCGCCUCAGCACGAUCGCCGAUUUCGACAAGAUCCUCGUCAUGGAUGCCGGACGGGCGGUUGAAUUUGGGACGCCGAAAGAACUCAUGCAUAUAAAGGCCGGUGUGUUUAGGAAUUUGGUUGAGAAUAGUGGCGAGAGGGCAGUGUUGGAGGAGAUAAUUCUUGGAAAAGGGAAGUGAUUUAUGACUUGCACAUGGAGUAAUGUGUAUAUUCUCUUGGUAUCUUUUGGG